CUGUGAUUAAAUUCAUUCAUUGGAAAUAGGUUAACAAGUUGCAGCAGCAAGUAGUUUACAUGGAGAGGCAGAAAUAUACGAUGUCCACAAGCAUGCAUGCUUAGAGCUUGAGUUAGGUUUUACCUUUCUAGGGUCGAGACUCGAGACCACAAAAGGGUUGUGGUGUGCAAUCUUAUGAGGAACUAAUGAGACAAGUUGUAGAUUUUGAUUGUAAACCAAAGACAAAAAAAAUAAUUAGUAGUGCAAGUAAGAAGGACUUUCAUACCAAAAUAGUCAUCAAUGAACUGCUGCAACUUGGGGUUAUUUUGCCUAUAAAUUCACUGAGCUAUUUUAGCAAAUCUAUAACUAAGUUUGCAACUUCAGCAAUUAAAAAUUGAACAUACUUGUUGGUACUGUUCUGUAAGAAUAAAACGAUGGCUGGUUUGAAACCUUUUCUUUUUGUUUUUGUCUUGGUUGCUGCUAUGACAGCAGCACCACUGGCUGAAGCCCAGCUCGGGGGUCUGGGAAGUCUUUUGGGGUUGAUCCGUAUCCAAGGGACUGUGUUUUGCAGCAUCAAUGGAAGUGCAGGUGCCAAUGGCGCUGCAACGCCAGUUUUCCCCAAUGCUCUAGUUCAACUGAAAUGUGGCAGCUCCGGAAAUGUGGUAUCUAGUACAACGACAAAUUCAGCUGGUGGAUUUACCAUGCUAUUGGAUCCAAUUAUAACUCUUUUGUUGAACCUCUUAUCUAACUGCACUGUCGUUGUGAAUACUCCACUCUCCACUUGCAACGUUGAACUGCCUACCAAUAACCUUGUUUCAACCUUAAAGCUGUUCGGAACUACUGCCUCCGGUGUUUUAAACAUCUUCACCCUCAUCCCCACUGGUUUCAAUAUGGCAUAGCCAGAUAUAAUCACCUAUUAUGAACGGAUAUGUACGUUACUGUAUCUCAUCUCUCUUUUCAGGAGUUAAUGUAUAUGUAAACUCUCUCUCUCUCUCUCUCUCUCUCUCUUUUCAGCAGUUAAUGUUUGUGUUUUCCUGUUCGUAUGUGAUGUAUCAUCCAGAAGAGGACAUCUCUUCUUUUCCUAAUGAAUAAAUCUUAAUUCGUAUC